UUUUUGCUUCAGUGUAAAACGACAAGGAAUUUUCUUCGAGGCUCAAUUUCAUGAUUCAUCAUUUCAACACACGAGUUUAUUGAAAUCUGAACUGUUUUUUUUUUUUUAAAGUUCUUUUCUACUGAACUGGUAAAAAAUGACGGAAUUGCUGUCUAUUCCUUCAAAGAAACCUACGGAUGUCGAUAUGGUCAGGCCGCUGAACAAUUUGAUUAAGAGCUCAUACAACAACUUGGGACCAGAAAAGACAUCUGAAAUCGGCGAGGCAAUAAACAAAUUUAAUCAACAAAGAAGUACAGCAAUUUGGAAAGUUUUUGAAAAGUAUGAAAGUUCUUUGGAAAUUAUUUACGGCUAUUACGACCAAUUGUGUGCCUUGGAGACGAAAAUACUUGUUCAAGAUUUCCAGGUCCCGUUCAAAUGGAAAGAUGCAUUCGAUAAAGGGUCUAUUUUUGGAGGGCGAGCGAGCCUUACCAUUGCAUCUCUGAGUUACGAAAAAGUGUGCAUCCUCUUCAAUAUAGCCGCUCUCCAAAGUGGUGUAGCCGCUUCACAGAGUCUGGAUAAUGACGAUGGCCUGAAACUGGCAGCUAAACUUUUUCAGCAAAGUGCAGGAAUUUUUACACACCUGAAAAGUGUCGUUCCAGCAAUUAUAGCGCAGGAACCAACCAUAGAUUUGACACCAGAAACAUUGAGUGCGCUGGCUAGUUUGAUGUUAGCUCAAGCUCAAGAAAUUUUUGUGUUCAAGGCGAUCAAAGACAACAUGAAGGAUUUAGUAGUUGCAAAGCUAUGCUGCCAGUGUGAAGAAAUGUAUUCGGAUGCCUUGCGAUUACUGCAGAAAGAUUCAAUUCGUACUCUAUGGGACAAGGAGUGGAUUCCAACUGUUGCUGGGAAACAGGCUGGGUUCCAUGCUCUCACUAUGUUCUAUCAUAGUCUAGUUUCAAAAAACAACAAGGCAGUGGGAGAGGAAAUAUCCCGCUUGCAAAAAUCUGUUGACCUUUUCAAAAUAGCACAGUCUCGCUCUGGAAAAUUGAUGUUUUUGGAAGAGUAUCUUGGUAAAGCACAACGAAAUUUAUUUGAAGCGAAAAAGGAUAACGAUUUUAUCUACAACGAAAUGAUUCCUGAUAUCAAUUCGCUACCUGGUCCAGGCAAAGCACAACUAGCGAAAGUCUUACCAUUCCCCACCACAAUGAACCUAAAUUUUAAAGAUUUAUUCGUCGAUCUGAUUCCAGUUGUACUGCAUCAUGCGAUGGCAGCGUGUGAUUCGAGAAAAAAUGAAAUCAUUAAUGGUGAGAUUAUGAAGUUAAGAGAAGCAACUCAAACGUUGAAUAGUUUACUUUCGAGCUACAAUCUUCCAGCGGCAAUUGAGAUAACUGCUAGUGGUUCAACCUUGCCCCCAUCGCUGCUAGAGAAAGCUAAAACAGUUCGUGAAAAAAAUGGUCUAGAAGGAUUGAAGAAAAUGAUCGACGAAUUGCCCGAAUUGUUGAACCGAAACCGGGAGAUUUUAGAUGAGGCUGAACGAAUGCUAAACGAUGAACGAGAUUCGGAUGAACAGCUAAGGAAUAAGUUCAACGAACAAUGGACGCGAACUCCUUCUAAUAAACUAACCCAAACAUUUCGUGAGAAUUGUGCAACAUAUCGUAAAAUUAUAGAUAAUGCCAUUACUGCUGACAAGACAGUGCGCGAGAAAUUCGAGAAAAAUCGAAAAGGAAUUGAGUUGUUGUCGAUGACCCAAGAACAACUAUCAGUAGAAAUUCCGUGUGGUACAGUAAACAGUGCUGCAUGCAAUUCCUCAGCAGCACAAAAGUUGCAAAAUUUUAUGGAAUCAGUGGAGACGAUCAAAGCUGAGCGGGAUGUAGUCGAAUCUGAGCUUCGAUCAGCAACUGUUAACCUCAGAGAUCAAUUUUUAGCCGCACUUGCGGCUGAUGGCGUUAUCAAUGAACCUGCUAUCUCUAUUGCAGAAAUUGGAAAGGUUAUCGCUCCACUGCAGACUCAGGUUCAAGACAAUUUGUCACGCCAAGAAUCAUUGAUUCAGGACAUUAAACUGGCCCAUCAAGAUUUUCUAGCGGAGUCAGGAACAUCGGAUAAGUCAAAUGAAACAGUAUUGACUCAGCUCGCUUCUGCGUAUGAUGUAUUUUCCGAACUGCAACACAAUCUUCAAGAUGGGGUCAAAUUCUACAACGAUUUAACUCAAUUGCUAAUUACUUUCCAAAACAAAAUAUCCGAUUAUUGCUUUGCACGAAAAACUGAAAAGGACGAAUUGAUGAAAGAUUUAACGCAACAGGCAAGUCGCCAUGUACAACCUGCAACACCUACUAUUCCUGUGCAUCUGGCAUCGACAACUCCCACGCAAGAACAAUCGGCAUCACCACCUGCACCUGUACAAGCCACACCGUAUCCGAUGCAACCUCAAGGUAUGCCGUUGCCGUAUGGUGCUACACCGAAUGUUCCGUACCCAGCGUAUGUGCCAACUCCCAUGCCACAAGGAUUUAAUCCGUACGCUACACUUCCUUAUCCUAAUGCAUAUCAGGGCUUUCCACAAGGCCCCAGCACUGCCUACUAUGGCACGUACCCGGGAGCUUAUGCUACCCAGCAAGCGCAACAACAUUCACAGAAUCCGAAUAAACCAUUUGGUUGGUGAAUCUGUCAUUGUUCCGAUCCCGGUCGUUAAUAGAGUUCAGAUACAACAUAAAUCAUGCAUGCUACCUAUCGAUACGCAUACCAACCGUUGCGCUGAAUAUCUUUGUUGUUAGUUACAUUUAAGAAAUAUAUCCUAAGUAAAACUACUAUCGAAAAUUAUAUUAAA